UACUCUUUCCAAAUUCAAUGGACUUUUCUUCCAAAUGUCCAGAUUUACAUAGAGACACUUGAGACUCUGUUUCUUGUAAAGAAAAUGAACACAUCUUCACACUAUUUGGUAGUUAUAAAGAUGCUCUUAAUGGUGACAAUGACCUCCAUGUGUCAAGCUGCGAGUAACGUCCACCCUCUGAUUCUUGUUCCAGGAAAUGGAGGUAACCAGCUAGAGGCAAGACUGGACCGAGACUACAAACCAAGCAGCGUCUGGUGUAGCAGCUGGUUAAACCCGGUUCGCAAGAAGAGUGGUGGAUGGUUCAGGCUAUGGUUCGAUCCAUCAGUGCUCUUGUCUCCCUUCACUAGGUGCUUCAACGAACGAAUGAUGUUGUGCUAUGACGCAGAUUCAGAUGAUUAUCAAAAUGCACCUGGUGUCCAGACCCGGGUUUCUCAUUUCGGUUCUACAAAAUCCCUUCUUUACCUCGACCCUCGUCUCCGAGAUGCCACAUCAUACAUGUCACAUUUGGUGAAAGCUUUAGAGAAAGACUGUGGAUAUGUUAACGACCAAACCAUCCUUGGAGCGCCAUAUGACUUCAGGUAUGGCCUGGCUGGGUCGGGCCACUCGAGCCGUGUAGCUUCACAGUUCCUACAAGACCUCAAACAACUGGUGGAGAAAACGAGCAGAGAGAACAAAGGAAAGCCAGUGAUACUCCUCUCUCAUAGCCUAGGAGGUCUUUUCGUCCUCCAUUUUCUCAACCGUAGCUCCGCUUCAUGGCGCCAAAAGUACAUCAAACACUUUGUUGCACUCGCUGCGCCAUGGGGCGGGACUGUUGAGCAGAUGAAGACGUUUGCCUCUGGGAACACACUCGGUGUUCCUUUUGUAAACCCUUUGCUGGUCAGGCCUCAACAGAGAACCUCCGAGAGUAACCAAUGGCUACUUCCGUCUCCCAAUGUGUUUCACGACAGAACUAAACCGCUUGUUGUUACUCCUCGGGUUAACUACACGGCUCAUGAGAUGGAUCGGUUUCUUGCAGACAUUGGGUUUUCUCAAGGAGUUGUCCCUUACAAGACAAGAGUUUUGCCUUUAACAGAGGAUAUGGUGACUCCUGGAGUGCCGGUUACUUGCAUAUAUGGAAGAGGAGUUGAUACCCCGGAGGUUCUGGUUUAUGGAGAAGGAGGAUUCGAUGAGCAACCAGAGAUCAAGUAUGGAGAUGGAGACGGGACGGUUAACUUGGCGAGCUUAGCAGCUUUGGAGUUGAUUCACAAAGUUGAGAGCUUGAAAACCGUAGAGAUUAGUGGAGUCUCGCAUACCACAAUACUUAAAGAUGAGAUCGCACUUAAAGAGAUUGUGAAGCAGAUUUCGAUUAUUAAUUCUGGAUUAGCCAACGUUAAUGCCAUGACUGAAUGAAGGCAGCUAUUAGUCAGGUUGAGAGUAAGUGAAAUUAAUUAGUUUGUUUUCGUUAUAAGCUUACAUAUAUCUCACCAUUGUAUAGUUGUAGAUAAAGAAGUAAAGCCUACAGGCUACAAGAGAAAUGGAAUGUUUAUCUCUUUUUUUUUUA